CUUGAGCUAUGUUGGUCAUGAAAUUAAAUAUUUUGUCCAUUUUUGUGUUGAUUUUCGCACAAAAUGUUGACUCAGCUCGUAUUUUGUGCUUUUAUCCGACGCCAAGUAAGUCAGGAGUGCUCAUUGCGCAACCUUUGAUGGAGGAAUUGGCGAAACGAGGACAUGAAGUUACCUUUGUGAGUCCUUUUCCGCUUGGAAAAAGUGUUCCCAACUAUCGUGACGUCGUGAUUUCUGUUAAAAAUGAAGCUACAAGAGAACUCACCCAACGAGUAACAAGCAAGGAGCAAAAACACAAUAUUCUAACUUGGUUACCAAAAUUGGUUACUUUGUCGUCUGAAGCUACAAUUGAAGUCAUCAAAGAUGAAAAAUUUCAAGAAAUAAUGAAAAAAGAAAAAUUUGACUUGAUCGUUUUUGGAUAUUUAUUCAACAAUUUCCAACUUGGGCUUCAGGAGCAUUUCAAUUGUUCAAGUGUUGUUCUCUCGUCGGCGCCAUUUUUUCACUUUUUGGAAGAACUGCUUGGGCAUCCAAAUAAUCCAGAAGCUGUUAGAAGUAUUAUGUUGAAAAAAGAUGAAGAAAUGACAGGAAUGAACUUUUUCGAGAGAGUUCUCAAUACUUUGGCUUAUUUUGUGGAGCAUUUGAUGUUUAUUUAUGUCGAAUAUCGGAAUCAAUUUUACUUUGACGAAAUAUUUCCUGAAAGUAAACUCGGAUAUUCCAACGCAAAAAAGAACGUUUCGUUAGUUCUCGUCAACCAAUAUCUCUCGGAAGGUUGGAUUCGACCUCUUCUCCCGAGCGUUAUUGAAGUCGGCGGCUUACAAAUCAAAGAAACUCCUUCUCCCUUACCUGAUGACAUCCAAAAGUUCAUUGAAAGCAGCAAAGAUGGCGUUGUUCUCGUCUCUUUCGGCACAAAUUUCCGCAGCAUCGACCUUCAACAAGAAAAACUUUCGAUUCUGAUGAAAUCUUUCAGCAAACUUGAACAAAAAGUAAUUUGGAAAUUCGAAAACGAAACUUUACCAAACUUACCGAAAAAUGUCCUGAUCAAAACCUGGCUUCCUCAAGACGAUAUUUUAGCGCAUCCCAAUACAAAAGCUUUCGUUACUCACUGUGGCAUCAGCAGCUAUAACGAAGCCCUGUUCCAUGCAGUUCCCAUCGUCGCCAUUCCCUUUGUGAGUGAUCAACCGAUGAACGCAAAACGCGCCAAAGAUGCUGGCUGGGCAGAAAUUGUUCCAUUUUUGGAAUUAACAGAAGAAAAACUCGACGCUGCUUUGACAGAAAUCUUAAAAAAUCCAAAAUUCAAGAAAAAUGUCAAAGUCUUAAGCGAUAAAUAUCGAGAUCGACCGAUCACAGCAAUGCAGAGCGCCAUCUACUGGAUUGAAUAUGUGAUUCGACACGAGGGGGCGCCUCAGUUGCGAUAUCCGGGAAUUAACCUCAACUACUUCCAACAACGUGGUUUAGAUAUUUUUGCGUUUUUGACACUUUUCUUGUUCGUUCUUGUCAAAGGCACGAAGUUUGUUUGCCAAAAAUUAAGGAAUUGUACCAAAAAAGGGGUAGAUAACCGAAAAAGGCACGACAAGAAAAAUAAUUAAAGUCUACAACAAUUUUAGAUAACGUCUUUCGUAUGCAAAUAAAGUUGAGAGCUUAUGACUUUGAUUCAAGUUCUCCCCUUCCUUCGUCCCAAUUUUGGUAAUUUUGUUUGUCGAAUAAGAUAAGAAAAUGUGUUGAAACUCGUUCCUCGUAGAUAAGUUUAAAUUAUGACUUUUGUUGCAACUUUUGACAACUUUGAAAAAUUUCUGAGUCACUCAGAAAUUCAUAAUUAACGAAGAGGAAAAAAAUGCAGACGACCCGUUAAUCCUUUGUUGAUGAAAUCUCAACAGAUGUUUGACAUUUUUGUGGAUUAAAUUUAAUAACGUUCGGAUUAGAUCUCGUUUUAUGUUUUUUUCUUUAAUUUUUUCUUCGGCUUCAACGCCAUUCGAGCAUUACGAGAGUGAGAGAAAGAUUAUGUUGUUAAUGACGUUUCGUUCCCAUGUAAAAACAAAUUUUAAAUUUCUUCAAUCAGAAGUCGAUGCUUGUUAAAAUUAUUGCAUUUUAACAAGCAGUUGUUAGUGAUGUACAUGGCAAGAUAGCAAA